AUGGCUGAGGCUGUCUUCAAGCACAAAGUCAAAGAACUUGGCUACAGUGACCACUUUAAACUCAUUGACUCGUAUGGAACCAGCGGCUGGCACGUCGGCGACAGUCCAGACUCCAGAUCAGCUGCCACGUGUCGUAAGAAUGGAGUUCCUGUGAAUCACUCUGGGCAGCAAAUUUCAGUUAGAGAUUUCGCCAAAUUCGACUAUGUGAUCGGCAUGGACGAGUCAAACAAAGAGGACUUGAUGUUCAUGAAACCCUCUGACAGCAAAGCACGUGUAGCUUUGUUUGGUGAGUGGAAGACUGACCCCCAGUUCAAGACUAUCGUGCUGGACCCAUACUAUGGCGGUAGAGAAGGCUUCGAAGUCAACUUUAGACAGAUCUCACACUUUUCUGAAGAGUUCUUGAAACAGGAAAUUGGAGAAAAGAACAAGAUCUGA